CGAACCGAACGCGCCGCGCCAUUCACCGUCACCACCGCGCCUGCACCAGGCACACCGCUCAGCCUGUGCAUGCACUGUGACCGACACUGUUGAAGCCUGGAGUUUAUGCGCGCACUGAAUCAUGGCGCCCAGUAAACCGAGAGAGCCCUCGAUUGAGCGCACCGAGGAGUACGACAGGUUUAUUGAGGAGCUGCAAGUGUAUCACGACAAGAGAGGAACGUUCCUCGAUCGUGAGCCCAAGGUCGCCAAUCAGCACGUUGAUUUAUUGCGCCUGUUCAAGCGCGUGAACGAUGAAGGCGGCUACGACAAGGUCUCAGACACCAAGAACAACAAGCUCGCGUGGAGGAGAUUAGCAGCAGAUUUCCUGCAGGAUAGCUCUACUAGCCAGCUCACUACACAGGCAUUCCUCAUCAAGACCGCAUAUUACAAGAACCUAGCAGCGUACGAGAUAUCGACGAUACAUAAGCGCGAGCCGCCGCCGAAAGAAAUCCUGGAGGACAUCACAGCUAAGGGGGGGGAUCUCUUGAACAGGACUGUCGAGAGCUUCUACCGAGGCAGUCGCGAGGCCGAGCGGCUGAAAACUGGAGAUUCGGACGACGAGGACGAGGACGGCGACGUCAAGAAGACACCAAACGCAGACAGGAUGGACGUUGAUGACCCAGGAAGCACCGGGCGGGCCACGAGGUCACUACGCCACGCGCCGCCGCAGCGCGUUCUCUUCCAGCCAGAAAGCAAUACGAGACAGACACGCCAGGCGACAGGUCAUCUGAACUCGCCUGGGCUCAAUGGCUACGGCACGAGUGCGGCUGCUGCGGCCAUUGCCAACUACGAACCGCGAACGAACAUUCCUCUUGCGCUGAAGCAGGUCGUAACCCCGUCCAAUAACCUGGACGCAUACGUUGCUUCGCGCAAGAAGUACAUCGCGAAUAGGAAGAAUAGACCGGUCCCACUGAAAGGUAUGAUGUUGCCUGGAACUGGCUUCCCAGGACCGAACAUCUACAUCCGCGCCCUGCAUGCGUUACGAUCGAAGGAACCAGAAGAGGAGGCAUACGCACUACACCACCUCGUAAAGAUCUCACAUGAGCGGGGCGACAAGUAUCGCUUCGACCAAUUUCCUGGGCUCGCCGAGGCACUCAUCGCGAAAGUCACUGAUGUCGGGUCGCUCUUCUUCGAUGUCAAAUGGGACGUUUCGUACGUUGAAGAGGACUUCGACCAGCCGGACGUGCUGAACGGUUUGACGGGCACCAAGGACUUGCUUAAGAAGAUCCGCGCGCUUCAGACCCUGGAUAUUAAGGAUGACCUGCUUCCAGAGGUCAACGCCAAAGCCCUCAACAUGAUCAAUGAAGCGGCGCUUAUCAUUCGAAAUAUGGUUAUGCUUAAAGAGAACGCUCUCUUCGCGUCCAUGAUCCCAGCGAUUCGGGACCUGAUCGUCAUUGUACUCAACCUGCCGAGACAUUCCACGGUUGUCGAGUUACAGCACUACGCCCUCGAAAUUGCUGAGCAACUGACCAAGUACUGGGUUCUGGACUCGCAAGACCCCGUUUACCAGUCUCUGCUCGCCCAGAUCGACACUGACGACCGAGGUCGGAUUAUCACAUCGCUGAGAGCUCUUGGUCGGAUAUCGAUGAACCUGGAAGCUACAAACAAACUGUCAGACGUGCCUGUAAAGACACUACAAUCGAUCUGCGACUGGUUACUUGUUGAGGACGAGGACCUAAGGAUAGCAUGCUUGGACUUCCUGUACCUCUUCACAGGCUUCCCGGACAACGUCGAGCUCCUCGCGCACGUAGUGAACAUCGAAGGUGUUGUGGGCCAACUUGUUAGGCUAUUACAAUUUGGCGCCGUUGCCUACGAAGAGAGACGCAGCACACUCAAACCAACGAAGUCUUCCACACCAAACGAUGCCGCACCAAAGCUAUCUUCCGCGAUCAUCGAUCAUUUGGUGACGCUUGAGGAGCCAGAACGAAGCUCGCAGUGGCUCAAGACGUGUUUCGAAGAAGAGCCGGCAGGCGAGAUCACCCAGAUCCAGCUCUGGUCUGCAUACAACGCGGCGUUUCAAGAAGUUAUGGUUGCCAACCCAUCUGCUUUCAAAGCACUCAUGCCAGCCAAAGACUUCAUCACAAAUGUUUCUACUACCUUUGGUGGCGCAUCUGCGCAAGUGUUGACAGUUGGCGGCCAACCAAAGUACACGAUCAGGGGGAUACGACCACGAUCUGUACCAGUGGACCCUAGCACGAAGAGACAAUAUAUGCGCUGCUGCUGGAGAGCGCUAACUUCUGUGAACGGCUCGCAAUCGCUUGCCAACAAUGAUUGCGGCGAGUUCGCCUCAGGCGCUCGAGCGAUGUGGGAACACAUUGUCGGCGUCCAUCUCAAAGUUCCUCGCGACCAAGAGACAGGUCAAUGGCUACUGGAGCCUAAGCCAGACAUCAACAUGGAGAAUGGCGAUGCAGUCGCAACUUCAAAGCCGCAAACCUACAACUGCCACUGGGCGAACUGCAACCAUUUCCCUGUUGACACAGACUCCGCCUUCCUGGCCGGCCAACACGUCAAAACCCACCUCCCCGACACUUCGAUCAAACAAGCCAUACAUGCCCGCCACAACCGUGCCGGCGACGAGUCACGACCCUCGACCUCGUCCGCGCAGCCCUCCAACACAGGGCAUGGCAGCACCCUCGGCAGCGCCAACCGCUACACCCCCAACACGCCAUCCCUCCACCCAAAUUUCCGCUACUUCAACACCGCCACCGACGAAGCCAACGACGCCGCCGGCCUCCCGCUCUCUUCUGUCCUCGUCCUCCGCAACCUCGCGCGGCAACUCAACAAAAUCCCUCCUCCCAGCGCCGUCCUCGAGGUCUCGGACUCGCCAACCCACAAACGCACGCUCAGCGCCACGGAGCCCGGGUCUCCGUCCACACACCGCAUAACUGGGGGCAAGAAACCGCGUCUCAGCGACACCGCGCGUGACCGCGCGCUUGAAGAUGGAGAGCGCGAGGAAUCCGAGGCCAAUAAUGCGGGCUGGGUGCCGCGCGUAUUUGCUCCUGUUAGGGAUCAACUAGCUUUCGUUGCGAGCCAUAAUCUCACGUUGAAGAACUAUAUGGGAGGUUUGUUCAAGGCGAUUGCUGAUGGUGGGGCUUAGGGGGUUCCGCUCUUGCAUGGCAGGGAGGAUGAUGAGCCAAUUGACAUGGACUUGGUCGGCAGAGAGAUGCUCAGGCGUGAGCUGGCGCUCCUCAGUCGAGCUAAUGCGGAGACUGUCAGUGCUGUGAACUUUUCGGCUACGCUGGAGCAGAAGGUUCAGAAAAUGGCUGAGAUGAGGAAGCCGGACCAGUACCAUGACUCUCCACAAGAUCGUGCUGAACCCGAACUAUCGGCGGCCCUAGCCGCAGCGAUUUAUGGUGCAGAACAGCAACAGCCUGUGAAGGAGGAGAAGAAUUGAAAGCACGGCUUUCAAGGAAAUAUCACUCGAAGGUGAGCUGCCGAUGUAGGUGGCACGAUGCAUGGAUGGUCUGUGUUCUGGAUAUUAUGUUAUACGUACACCUUCAUAGAUAAGGGUAGCCGAACGAUUCUUCUUCCAUGUUCUACAACCGCCAAGAGGAAUCAAUGUCAUCAGAGUAUUUCGUUAG